UGUUUUGUCGACUGCCCACCAAGCAGCAGGAAGAUGCACUUUGAGCCCUGCACAGGCCAAAAAAGCAUUUUACAAAAUUUCUUAUUUUAUUCACACUGUAGUUGUCUUUGAGUGAAUACAACAUGGAAAAAGAAAACCUAUCCGUGGUGUUGCAUUCCCAGGGCGACCUCAGACUGGAACAACGACCCAUCCCUGAACCAGGUCCAAAUGAGGUGUUGCUUCAGAUGCAUUCAGUUGGGAUCUGUGGGUCAGAUGUGCACUACUGGCAAAAUGGACGCAUAGGUGACUUUGUGGUAAAGAAGCCCAUGGUGCUGGGGCAUGAGGCCGCUGGUCGGGUGGUGAAGGUGGGCUCAGCAGUGAAAAACCUAAAAGAAGGGGAUAGAGUCGCUGUAGAGCCAGGUGUCCCUCGCGAGAUGGAUGAGUUCUUCAAAUCAGGAAACUACAAUCUUUCCCCCACCAUCUUCUUCUGUGCCACACCCCCUGAUGAUGGGAAUUUGUGCAGAUUUUACAAACACAGCGCCAACUUCUGUUACAAACUGCCUGACAAUGUGACAUAUGAGGAGGGGGCCCUGAUUGAGCCCCUGUCUGUGGGUAUUCAUGCCUGCCGCAGAGCUGGAGUGACCCUGGGCAGCAGUGUACUUAUCUGUGGGGCAGGACCAAUUGGUCUGGUCUGUCUGCUGGUGGCCAAGGCUAUGGGUGCCUCACAGGUGGUCAUAACUGACCUGUCAGCAGAUCGCCUGGUCAUGGCCAAGGAGCUGGGAGCAGACUUCCCUCUGACUGUGAAGAGGGAGGAUGGGCCUGAGGAGCUGGCUAAGAGAGUGCAGGGACUGCUGGGAGCACAGCCUCAUAUCACCAUCGAGUGCACGGGUGUGGAGAGCAGUGUCCAAACUGCCAUUUAUGCUACACGUCCUGGAGGAGUGGUGGUUCUAGUAGGGAUGGGUGCAGCGAUGACCACUGUCCCACUGCUCAAUGCUGCUAUCAGAGAGGUGGACAUCAGAGGGGUCUUCCGCUACUGCAACACCUGGCCAAUGGCUAUAGCGAUGCUGGCCUCUAAGAAGGUGAACGUGGCGCCCCUGGUGACCCACCGGUUCCCCCUGGAGCAGGCUGUGCAGGCCUUCGAGACCACACGCCAGGGACAAGGGGUCAAGGUCAUGCUCAAGUGUGACAAGACUGACCAGAACCCCUGAGAGGACUGGGAACACCAGGACCAAUAAGAGCUAGUAUAGACAACCACAGCGCUGUAGAUCUAACAGUCGAUUUUUCUGUUAGUUGUCUAUGUUGCCCCAUCUUAAUCAGGUUACCUGUUGCCCAAACAGCAAUUUUCACUCUUGAAAUCAGAUAUUUGGAGACGCUAUGCAACUAAGUAUAUGAUUUGACAAAACGUGCUCACAGCAGCUUUCUCUUUCAUCAUGUGAUUUCAAGUUGCUUUUGACUGUAAUUACUUGAUUACCAUAUGUUUAUAAGAUGAUGCAAAACUGUUAAAUAAAGCCUUUGAAUCUUGUUAUAAACCAGAAAGUAUUGAAA